UUUAAAUGUUCAAUGAAUUGCCACUUCUUCAUGUGGGUUGACCAUCUUAAGAUGUGUGACUGUGGGAACGGUCAGUGUAAGGUCAGAACUGCGAAAACAAGUGCAAAUUAUGGUCGAUAUUUUUGGUGCUGUCCACAAUCAACUGGGGUUGAAAACAAAGGUUGUGGAAUGUUUGAAUGGAUAUCAAGUUCAAGCCCAAGUUGUGAUACUUACCAGACUCCACCUAGGUCCCUAUGCUCAGAAACAUCAACUUCAUCAUCUCCUUCCCCUUCAUCAGACUAUAUCAAAGGAUACUUGAACGGUGCAAUAAAAGAAUCUGAGGGUCAUAUGAGGAUGCUGAGAGAUGUUCUUGACGUAGUCAAGAAGCUUGAUUUAAACAAAAAUGUAUGAUGAACUUUUUUGGAACUUUUUAGAAAGAAAAGUCUGAAGCCAUUGUAAUGAUAUUGAGUUCAUUAUCUAUUUUUUUUUUUUCAUAGAAAGACUUAAUUAGCAUUUACUAGUACCUGGAUGGACUCAGUACUAUAUUCGAGUAUUUACGUGCUUCUUCUCUCAUUUGGUCCUAAGGACCUAUAUUACUGGCUUCUUGCUUGGAGACUGUUGUUUAUAAACACUUUGAAGCAUAUCUAUCUCCAUAAACCAAAUCAUCCGCUGGUUUGGGCAAUUUUCAGAUCUGAAUUAUAUGGUACACGAUACCUAUUUCGAUUACAUGAACUACAAUACAAUCAUGUCUUGUAAUGUUCUUCUUUUUGGCCUCUUCAAUUUACAAAAAAAAAUACAAAUAAAAAUAAAAAAAUAAAAAAAAUAAAUUACUGCACUACAGUAUUAGACUUAAAGGUUUA